GCCAUUGCACUCCAGCCUGGGCGACAAGUAAAAAACUCCAUCUCAAAAAAAAAAAGGAGAUAGAGCAAGGAACAGUAAGAAAAUAGUUGGGUGCAGUGGCUAUGCGGUGGCACUAUAGGAGGCUGAGGCGGGCAGAUCACCUGAGGUUAGGAGUUGGAGUCCAGCCUGGGCAACAUAGACCCCUAUCUCUACAAAAAAUUUGAAAUAUGAAAAAUUAGCCAGGUGUAGUGGUGUGUGCCUGUGGUACCAGCUACUCAAGAGGCUAAGGCAGGGAAGAUUGCUUGAGCCCAGGAGUUUGAGGCUAUAGUGAGCUGUGAUCAUGCCACUGCACUCCAGCCUGGGCAAUAGUGCGAGACUCUGUCUCAAAAGAAAGAAAAUGGCCAGGCGUGGUGGCUCACACCUGUAAUCCCAGCACUUUGGGAGGCCGAGGCAGUCAGAUCAUGAGGCCAGUUUGAAACCAGCCUGGCCAACAUGGUGAAACCCUGUCUCUACUAAAAAUACAAAAAUUAGCCAGGCGUGGUGGCAUGCCCCCGUAAUCCCAGCUACUUGGGGGUCUGAGGCAGAAGAAUUGCUUGAAACCGGGAGGCAGAGGUUGCAGUGAGCCGAGAUCGUGUCAUUGCACUCUAGUCUGGGCGACAGAGCAAGACUCCGUCUUGGAAAAAAAUUUAAAAAAAGAAAAUAUAAAAUAUGGUAUAAGAUUAAAUAUAUUAGUUAUGAAAAUAAUUGUAAAUGGCUUAUUGAACUUAUAGUCACUAAAAAUCAUGUUUUUGAAAAUUAUGUAAUGACUUUGGAAAAUACCAGCAAUAUAAUGUUAAGUGGGGAAAAAAGCAAGUUACUCCUCUGUAAUACAUAUGAUUUUAGUUUUGUAAUAAAAAUUCCCAACCAUAUAUGCACUUAUAGGGAAACAAAGGACCCAUCGCAAAUGUUUUCCAUGCUGAUCUCCAAAGUGUCCCACCCCCAGCCUGGGGCCUCUGGGAGCCUUGGUCCUGAGCAGCCAACACACCAGCCCAGACAGCUGCAAGUCACCAUGGACGCUGAAGGUCUGGCGCUGCUGCUGCCGCCGCCCGUCACCCUGGCAGCCCUGGUGGACAGCUGGCUCCGAGAGGACUGCCCAGGGCUCAACUACGCAGCCUUGGUCAGCGGGGCAGGCCCCUCGCAGGCGGCGCUGUGGGCCAAAUCCCCUGGGGUACUGGCAGGGCAGCCUUUCUUUGAUGCCAUAUUUACCCAACUCAACUGCCAAGUCUCCUGGUUCCUCCCCGAGGGAUCGAAGCUGGUGCCGGUGGCCAGAGUGGCCGAGGUCCGGGGCCCUGCCCACCGCCUGCUGCUGGGGGAACGGGUGGCCCUCAACAUGCUGGCUCGCUGCAGUGGCAUUGCCAGUGCUGCCGCCGCUGCAGUGGAGGCCGCCAGGGGGGCCGGCUGGACUGGGCACGUGGCAGGCACGAGGAAGACCACGCCAGGCUUCCGGCUGGUGGAGAAGUAUGGGCUCCUGGUGGGCGGGGCCGCCUCGCACCGCUAUGACCUCGGAGGGCUGGUGAUGGUGAAGGAUAACCAUGUGGUGGCCGCCGGUGGCGUGGAGAAGGCGGUGCGGGCGGCCCGACAGGCGGCUGACUUCACUCUGAAGGUGGAAGUGGAAUGCAGCAGCCUGCAGGAGGCCGUGCAGGCAGCUGAGGCGGGUGCCGACCUUGUCCUGCUGGACAACUUCAAGCCAGAGGAGCUGCACCCCACGGCCACCGUGCUGAAGGCCCAGUUCCCGAGUGUGGCUGUGGAAGCCAGUGGGGGCAUCACCCUGGACAACCUCCCCCAGUUCUGCGGGCCGCACAUAGACGUCAUCUCCAUGGGGAUGCUGACCCAGGCGGCCCCAGCCCUUGAUUUCUCCCUCAAGCUGUUUGCCAAAGAGGCGGCUCCAGUGCCCAAAAUCCACUAGUCCUAAACCGGAAGAGGAUGACACCGGCCAUGGGUUAACGUGGCUCCUCAGGACCCUCCGGGUCACACAUCUUUAGGGUCAGUGGCCAAUGGGGCACACUUGGCACUAGCUUGAGCCCAACUCUGGCUCUGCCACCUGCUGCUCCUGUGACCUGUCAGGGCUGACUUCACCUCUGCUCAUCUCAGUUUCCUAAUCUGUAAAAUGGGUCUAAUAAAGGAUCAACCACAUGGGGUUCUGCGGUGAUAAUGAGCACAUAGUGAGGGGUCAGCAAAUGUCAGAAGUUACCUGGGACAGCCGGGCACGAUGGCUCACACCUGUAAUCCCAGCACUUUGGGAGGCUGAGGUGGGAAGAUCACUUGAGUUCAGGAGUUCGAGACCAGCCUGGCCAACAUGGUGAAACCCCAUCUCUACCAAAAAUAGAAUUAGCUGGGUGUGGUGGCACGCACCUGUAAUCCCAGCUACUUAGGCUGAGGCAGGAGAAUCGCUUGAACCCAGGAAGUGGAGGUUGCAGUGAGCUGAUGGUGCCACUGCACUCCAGCCUGGGUGAUAGAGCGAGACUCUGUCUCCAAAGAAGAAACAAAGGAAAGAAAGAGAGAAAGAGAGAGGGAGGGAGGGAGGGAGGGAAAGGAAGGAUAGAAAGAAAGGAAGAAAGGCAGGCAAAAGCCCCAGACAGGCCAAAACCUUCAUCCUUCAUGCACCCAACCUGUACCAAACACCAGCAUGGCCUGGCUGUGAGUGCACAGCAGAUGGAGGUUCGCUGGGCAGAGACACUGGGCUGGCCUGGACACUGCCUUUGGUGAUACCCUAAACAAAAGGGGCCAGUCCCACAGUAAGAAGGAGACCACUAUUCCUGCUGCCCUCCUCCCCCCACCUUGCCUAGUUUACAAGACAGGAGGAAAGAGAGAAAGCAAAAAGUUAGAAAACAAAACAAAACAAAACAAGUAAGAUAAAUAGCCAGAAGACCUUGGCGACACCACCCGGCCCUGGUAGUUAAAAAAAAGUAACAAUAAUAAUAAUAUCAACCCCUGACCUAAACUACUUGUGUUAUCUGUAAAUUCCAGACAUUGUAUGAAAAAGCGUUGCAAAACUUUCUGCUCUGUUAGCUGAUGCAGGUAGCCCCCAGUCACGUUCCCCAUGCUUGCUUGAGAUAUCACGACCCUUUCACGUGGACCCCUUAGAGUUGUAAGCCUUUAAAAAGGCCAAGAAUUUCUUUUUCAGGGAUCUCAGCUAUUAAGAUGCAAGUCUGCCAAUGCUCCUGGCCAAAUAAACCUCUUCCUUCUUUAA